AUGCGCGUACUCAGUGGAGUAGAGUUGGAGGCGGUAAAUCGUGUGGUGGAGCACCUGCGCUGCCAUCCCGAGGAUCUUCAUCGCAAUGAAUUUCGGGAGUUACGGGAAUACAUGGCGUCGCUUGGUGCCUCUAUUCCCCCACCUCCGGACACACCGGACGUUAGCGGGGUAAGGAAGGAGGCGAACUCGGACGACGAGGAGGAGUACGUGAGCGAGCCCGAUUCGCAGCGCUGUGCAUUGGAGCCUGUGUCCGAUGAUGACAUCACAGCCUAUGAUGGCACCGAUCCCACACCAGAGGAUGAGGAGAGGGCAAUGGGGCUCAAGGCGCAAGCGGCAGAGUUGGCGGCCGAUGGGGAUUUCGAUAAGGCCAUCGAGUUAAUGGGACAAGCAUUACGGAUUGUGCCUGGUAAGGCGAUGUACUGGGCCCAGCGUGCGAGCUACUUUCUGAAAUGUACACAACCGGGCGCAGCUUUGCAGGAUGCCAAUCGAGCUCUGGACCUCAACCCCGAGAAUGUGCGGGCACUGCGUGUUCGUGGCACCGUCAAUCGUCGCCUGGGCAAAUGGGAAGAGGCUCUGAAGGACCUGAGUGAGGCACAAGCCGUUGAUUACGACGAGGGAAUCGAUGAGAUACUGAGGUUUGUGCAGAAAAGGACGAACGACCGUCGCCAGUUCCAGCAACGUAAAAAGGAAGCCCAAAGGCUGCGGCAGGAGGCCCUUCGUCGCCAACGUGAACACGAACUACGUGAAGAAGAGAUGAAGAGGGAACAGCAACAGCAGCGGGAUCAGCAGCAGUCUGGUGCUGGUGACUUCCCUGGCGGUGCUGGCGGAUUCCCUGGUGGAUUCCCUGGCGGUGCUGGUGGUGGUGGUAUGCAGUCCUUUAUGGAGAGCCUGUUUCAGGACCAGGAGCUCGCGGAGGCAAUGAAAGAUCCGGAGGUGGCAGCAAAGCUUGCUACCCUUCGGAGCAACCCCAUGGCUGCUCUGCAGAUGAUGGGUGACCCCAAGGUAGGCCCUCUGAUUCAGAAGAUGAUGUCCAAGGCAAUGGGUGGCAGCUCCCCGGGAUCUUCUCCCUUUGGUGCUGGUGCUUCUGCUGGUGCAACCUCUCACGCGGAUGCGCAUCAUAGUGAUGAACUUGACUAA